AAUCAGACCCAAACCCAAUUGUCCUUAUCAAGACUGGGCAGCGACAAUCCUCUGUCAACUACUGCACCUAUCUCCAACAUAAAUCCCUCUUCUCAUUGGCUUCCUUUUCUAUCCCAAUCAGAUAAGAUCCUCUCUCUGUAGCCUCUCUCUCCCAGCCCGAGGUAUCAUUUCCCCAUCUUCACUUCUUGUAUUUACCUAAAAUUUCCCGCGAAAAUUUUUAACGAUCUUAUACAUAUCAUAACCUAAGCGGAAGUUAAUCCUAUUUUUGAUUAUCUUUUGAUUGAUGCCGUUGAUUUUGUUUGAUUCAGACAAUUUUGGAAAUUAGAGUUAUGACUUCGACAAUCUUCAAUGCUCCCUCUACUGUUCCGGCGAUAAAAGGUUUAGAUUGCAAAAACUACGUCGGUUUAAAGCCAAAUGUUAACAAUUUCAGGUUCAAUUGUGUUAAAACACGACCUGUAAAGGUGUGUCCCACGCGUGUUUUGAUCGUGAGGGCGAGUGAACAGCAGGACGGGCGUAUGAAGAAGUUGGGACUGACUGAUGCAGAAUGGGAAGCCGCCGUUGUGGCGGGAAAUGUGCCAGAGGCACCUCCUGUGCCGCCUAAGCCAGCUGCACCAGCUGGAACCCCUGUGGUUCCUUCGCUUCCACUUAGCAGGCGCCCUCGUCGUAAUCGCAAGUCACCUGCAAUGAGAGCGUCAUUCCAGGAAACUAAUAUAUCGCCUGCAAAUUUUGUUUAUCCAUUGUUUAUUCAUGAAGGUGCGGAGGACACUCCUAUUGGAGCAAUGCCUGGAUGUUAUAGGCUUGGAUGGAGACAUGGACUUGUUGAAGAGGUAACAAAGGCUCGGGAUGUUGGUGUGAAUAGCAUUGUGCUCUUUCCCAAAGUUCCAGAUGGUCUGAAGAGUCCCACAGGAGAUGAGGCAUACAACGAUAAUGGUCUAGUACCUCGGGCGAUACGGCUACUGAAGGACAAAUAUCCUGAUCUUGUCAUUUACACUGAUGUUGCUCUGGAUCCUUAUUCCUCCGAUGGACAUGAUGGUAUUGUCAGAGAAGAUGGAGUUAUCAUGAACGACGAGACAGUGCAUCAACUAUGUAAACAAGCUGUUUCUCAGGCCCGAGCUGGGGCAGAUGUUGUUAGUCCAAGUGAUAUGAUGGAUGGCCGUGUUGGAGCAAUUCGGGCAGCACUUGAUGCUGAAGGCUUUCAGCAUGUUUCAAUCAUGUCCUAUACAGCAAAAUAUGCUAGUUCAUUUUAUGGUCCGUUCCGAGAAGCACUAGACUCAAAUCCACGAUUUGGAGACAAAAAGACCUAUCAGAUGAACCCAGCAAAUUAUAGAGAGGCUCUGAUUGAGGCCAGUGCAGAUGAGUCGGAGGGAGCUGAUAUCCUACUGGUGAAGCCAGGUCUUCCCUAUUUGGAUAUCAUAAGGCUUCUCAGAGAUAAAUCUGCUUUGCCCAUUGCUGCAUAUCAGGUCUCAGGUGAAUACUCGAUGAUUAAAGCUGGUGGAGUUCUCAAAAUGAUUGAUGAAGAAAGGGUUAUGAUGGAGUCCCUGAUGUGUCUCCGACGAGCGGGUGCCGACAUAAUCUUAACUUACUUUGCUCUGCAAGCUGCUAGAUGUUUAUGUGGUGAGAAGAGGUGAGCCUUGACUAUUAAUUUAGGGAAUUGAUAGUUGUGGAGAACACAGAAAGUCUGCUCCAUUUCUUCAUUUUUGUUCUUGUAACUACGUGACAUUAGUGUAAAGUUGGAAUCUGAAUUGGUGUGCUUAAUAGGUUAGUUUCCAGUCCAUUUUCAUUUUGUCGAAAAGCAGGAAGAAUAAACAAGAUGUGCGCCUUUAAAAUAAUAAUAUGUAUUGUCCUAUGCAAAAUGGAUGCCAAGCAUAAAUGUUUGUUGAAAAA